AUGAGAUUGAUGAGUGUAGUAAACCAGAUGGUCAUUCAGUUAGCUGGCAAUGGUUAGCCAGAUUGCUAACCCAAACCGAGUUUUGCUGUCACGUUAUCGAAAAUGUACGUAAUGCGGAAUUGGUUUUACUUUACCUUAGCGGAAUAAAAUCUCAGGUUGCUAUGUGACUCAGUGGAUCUUUGCCAAGGAGUUUCCACAUGCUUUGAACCCCACCUUGCCCGGAAGUGCACUUACAUACGUACACACAGAUUUCUGCUGACCUACACUCAAAUCUUACACAGUCAAAUACUGCAUGCACACAACCUCCAACACAAACUGACCAGCCACAGAAAACACAUUCACAGACCUAUUCUAACCUAUUUGAAUCCUUCUCACAGCAACUGGAACCCAUAACACACAUAUAGCCACCCCUCUUCUCCCACCUCUUCUGAAUUUUGAAUCUGUGCAAGCCACCGUGAGGAACACCACCGCUCUAACACUAAGCUACUGAGCCAUGCCAACUGGUCACAUAUCAGCAUGAUGGACACAGGAUAAAAUGUAUGGAAUAACCACAUCAAUGUUUUGGACACAUUGUUAUUCCUGCCUCCUCCUCAAUUAUUUGCAAUUCUUUGCAAUUGAACCCAGAAGGUGCUGACCACCAGAGAUGCUUGUUGAUUAAUCUCUCUGGAUAUCUUCUGCUUCUUAUACAGUUAGUGAUCAAGAUUCAAACCAUGGACAUUACAUGUUGUAAUAGUAUAUAAUAACAAGUACAGUUCUGCUUACAUAUAUAGGAAAAUAGUAGCAAUAAGUGGUAUACACUGUUAUAUACCAACCUUUCGGAAAAAUAAAUGGUUCCUCUGAAGUCAAAACAGACUGUAAUGGGAGGAAAAACAGAGGAGAGGGAGGCUUUUAGCCUUCUGGAGAAGAGGAAACCCAAGGAAGAAGCAGAAGAGAGUGAGAAGGAGGAGGAGGGCAGAGGUAUGCAGAUCCCUCUGCAUCGCUGGGUAAUGCACGGGGCAGUGAUGUUUGGACGUGAGUUCUGCUACGCCAUGGAAACAGCUCUGGUGACACCAGUGCUGCUGCAGAUAGGUCUUCCUGAGCAAUAUUACAGUCUAACCUGGUUCCUCAGUCCUAUCCUGGGUCUUGUCUUCACACCUGUGAUUGGCUCAGCCAGUGACCGAUGUACUCUGCGAUGGGGCCGCAGAAGACCAUUCAUUCUGGCCCUGUGUGUAGGUGUGCUGCUGGGAGUGGCACUGUUUUUGAAUGGGUCAUUAAUAGGCCUUUCCAUUGGUGAUAGUUCCAGCAGCCAGCCAAUUGGCAUCGUCCUCACUGUAGUAGGUGUGGUGGUGCUGGACUUCUGCGCUGAUGCCUCUGAGGGACCAAUCAGAGCUUACCUUCUUGAUGUGGCUGACACCGACGAGCAAGAUAUGGCUCUGAAUAUUCAUGCAUUCUCUGCUGGGCUCGGCGGGGCAGUGGGCUACAUGCUGGGUGGUCUAGACUGGACUGGCACAGCUCUGGGCCAAGCAUUUAAAUCACAGGAACAGGUCCUCUUCCUGUUUGCAGGCAUCAUCUUUAUUAUCUCUGUUAUAUUACACAUGCUCAGUAUCCCCGAGCAACCUUUCGCUCCAUCCAACCAUCUUAAAGUGACAGGAAGUGGAGAGUCUACCAGCCAGUUGUCUUUCAAGCCUGUUGGCCACAUGCCAACUUUACUUGAUGUGAUUGCAGAGGAGGAUGCUUCUGCUCAAGCCCCAUCCCGAGAGGACAACAAAUCAGAUUCUGAGGACGCAGAAAUGGACUUCCUUGCUGUGGAGCGAAUGCGGAGUAAAAGCGAUUCAGUCUUAGCCAUGCCAGAUGCUACAAUCGAGUUGGAUUUUGACCUCGACCCAGACUCACACCUUUUCCUGCCAGAGGUGCAUCACUUUCUACCAGAGUUGCAGGGAGAGCUAGAAGAUGUUUUCAAGCUAUCGGCCCACAGUAUUGGGUCCUCGUCUCCUUCUGGUGGACCACCUACCCUUUCUGAUGGGAUGGUGGUCUUAGAGCCUGAGCUUAAGAUACCAACAAACGGUCCUCCUUCUCUCCUUCAGAUCAGUUUUGGCUCAGAGAACUCACAUCUGAAAACACAGCAGGUCAAGGCUGUCAAUGGUAUCAAUGCUGGCUUGUCCUCCUCUGACCACUCCAAUGCAAUGAAAGCCCAUGCCUCCACUAGGCUGGUGAACCGCCCCUCCAGCACCUCAGUGUCAUCACGGCCACACCCACACACCUUCUACAGACAACCAUCCUUUACUUUCUCCUACUACGGACGAGUGGGAUCACAGCGCUAUCGAUUGCGACGGACAGCACCUUUGAGCCCUCAGCUAAUCACCACCUCCCGCAGUCUGAAUGAUCUGAGUGACCUCCAGCAAUGUGCAGAUAGGCGGGAGUUGCAACUGUCAGCCAGCAGUCUGUCAUCUGAGGGCUCCAGCAGUGAGGGAAGACCAGACAAGGGUACAACUGUUCGACUGCUCUGGUUAUCCAUGUUGAAGAUGCCGAGGCAGCUGUGGAGAUUGUGUGUGUGUCACCUCCUCACAUGGUUCUCUAUCAUAGCUGAAGCUGUGUUUUAUACCGAUUUCAUGGGGCAAGUCAUCUACCACGGAGACCCCACGGCACCAUCCAAUUCCACAGAGCUACAAAACUAUCACAGAGGAGUACAGAUGGGCUGCUGGGGACUGGUGGUCUAUGCUGCUACUGCUGCUGUGUGUUCUGCAAUCCUUCAGAAGUACCUGGAUAAUUUUGAUCUCAGCAUUAAGGUUGUCUACAUCUUUGGAACUCUGGGAUUCUCAAUAGGAACCGCUGUCAUGGCGAUCUUCCCUAAUGUCUAUGUUGCCAUGGUGAUGAUCAGUGGCAUGGGCAUCAUCUCCAUGAGUAUCUCUUACUGUCCCUAUGCAUUACUCGGCCAGUACCAUGAAAUCAAAGAGUACAUUCAUCACAGUCCAGCAAACACUAGAAGAGGUUUUGGUAUUGACUGCGCUAUCUUAUCCUGCCAGGUCUACAUCAGCCAGAUUUUGGUUGCGUCGGCCCUUGGAGCUGUGGUAGAAGCAGUUGGCAGUGUGCGUGUUAUUCCUGCAGUAGCCUCUGGGGGCUCCUUCCUUGGCUUUCUAACUGCCUGUUUCCUCGUCAUUUAUCCUGACGUGGAGCCCAGCAGCUCAGAGCAGGACCAGGACUUGGUGGGUUUACCUGGAGAUUCAGACCCAAGUGGAGAAAGCACCAGUGACCAGAGGUUGGCUCUGCUGAACCUCACAGAUAGAGAUAGUUUGAAGAAGACAGAGAAUCACUCUGUUGCCUGAGCAUUAACAUGGAAAGAAUCGUUUAGGUUUAUCCUCACUAAGCACAAGCCACAGCAUGUGGGGAUUAUAUCAAAUGCAUCUGAUUUAUGAAUUAGACGGUCUGUGCAUUUCUGAAGGAGGAAAGACGACGAAAGUGGGGAAAACAUGGCACAAAGUUGACCGUGCCAUCUACAGAAAUCUGGGUGGGAUGGAUUUGGUUAGAUUAUCUUCUUGGAGUAGAGGACUGACAACAAGAAACUCUCGGUUUUGGGCUGCUCUGCUUGUCUUGUUGCUACCUCAACACUAAAAUAAAUGUUUGGACGGUUAGAUGGAGACAAGUAAGCCAUUAAAACAAAAAGAGCCACAUGACAGUGAUUUACUCAGACUACUGAAAUAAUUUUAAACCUUUUAUUGUGAAAACAUAAAUGGGAAGCACACAGAGCACUUUCUGUCUCACUUUUGAACAGCAUUGUCACACUGAUGCUGCAGAAUGACAUAACGUGUGACAUUUUACUUCACAGAAGCUGCUCCGUAGCUGCUUAAUGGACAAUCAUAAUGCUGUCAAAGUGUUAAUUUGUGUACCUCUGCAUUACUUGUAGACUGAACACAGAUGUAAAUAUUUGUUGCAGUCUGUCAAUGGAAUACCUUGAUAGUAUAUUGUUAUUUAUAAAGGACAGAAAGUUUCCAAAUGACAGGUAAAGCCUUCUACAUUUGUUGUAGACAUAACAAAACAGUUUGUUUAAUAGCAAGCAAGCUAGUGUGCAGUUAGAAAUGCCCUUUUAUGAUGAUUUUUUUCUUUCCUGUACAGAAACACACUAAAAUUCUGAAUGCCAUCUUUUCCUUUCAUGCCAGAAUUUACACUGUAAAUGGUAGAGUAUCUCAAAUUUGACCUCAUGUGGUUUUGGGUUUCAGUGUGAUUUGUAUUGCAGGAUGGCAUUUGUUUUGCUUUCUAUUGAAUUAAUUCAAAAAGUGUUUUGAAAUAUACAUUCCAAAUACAGUUGAAAUAGUAAAUAAGUUCAUGACGACCUUAUGUUCAUCAUGGCAGUCAUAUCCAAUCAAACAAAAAAAGAAUUGGAUAGAAAUGCUCUGUCAUUGGUAUAAUGAUUGCAGUUUCUGUUUGUACUUUGUAUUGGAAGCCAAUUACCCUCGCCUACAUUAGUUCAAUGUGCCAUUCUGAUCAUUUGACAGCCGUAAAACUCUGUCCUGCUAUACAGAACGGACAAAGAAGAUAAAUAGCUCCCAUACUGCCAGGUUUUGGUUUACCUCAGAAUAACAAACAUGAGUGGUAGCAGAGAGUCUGUGAAGGCUUAUUGUGAACAUUGAGUAGUAUGCAAGAUAAUGUUUAGCAUAGUCUCCACCACACCUUAACAUAUUGGCAGUGUCACAAACCUAUUGCAGUGUACACAGCGUAAUAAGCUACAGAUUUAUGUACAAUCUUAAUUGAACAGCCUAAUCUCGCCUUUCUGCAGGCUCAACUUCAGUAGAACCUUAUUACUCUUGAAUAUGAGAGUGAGUAUAAAUGCCCAGAGCAGCUGUUCACUAAUAAGAGCAUUACUUCUUUAACUGGGGAGGUUUAAUGUCACAUAGUCUGAAACUGUUCCAGAAACCUAUACUGUAAUGCUGCAUAUUGAAUGGUAGAGAGGACCACUUCUAUGCAAGACAAACAACUGAUCUAUGCAUUAUGUUAAUGACCAAAUGUCAAUCUCCUUCUCAAUGGAUUGUUCAACUCAGAGGAAACAAUGCCACGAGUGAAAACAUUGCACAGAUUCUUUGUUUCACAGCACGAAAGGGUCUACUUUUAUGACUUGACUGAGGGCAAGAUGUCUAUUAUCAUUGCACCCUUGAGAGAUUGCUUUACUCUGUUUAUGGGUAUUUGAGCAUGAGCUAUGCCAUUGCUUUGCCUGUCAUGACAGAAAAAUGUCUUCUAUGGUGUGAUCGCUGUCACUGAGGAAUUCAGGCCUCAACAUUUACGCAGCUUUAUUUACAAGCACUACAAAGGGAACAACCUCAUUCUGUGUGAGUGAUGUUUGCAUCAGAUAUUAAAGGGAAAAUGUUGAGAGAAUUAAUACAAAACUAUAUAAUUAAUCACUCAGUUUCCCAGUAAAUAAUGCAAAGAUUAUGCUUCUGUGUGUGUGUGUGUGUGUGUGUGUGUGUGUGUGUGUGUGUGUGUGUGUGUGUGUGUGUGUGUGUGUGUGUGUGUGUGUGUGUGUGUGUGUGACAUAGGGUGUGUGUCACCGUGUUCUUUGGGAAUUGGCCCUGUAUUUUUUUUUAUUUUAAAGCACAUUUUGACAAGAGGUUAGGGUACAUCAUUUUGUUAGUUGUCAUGUCAUAUUGGUAAUAAUAUGUUUUCCAGGCAAUAUAAUUUGCAUUAUGACAAGUCCCUGUAAAUCAAAAUAGAACAGGACUAAUCCUUUGUGGGAAUCUGUAGACACAUUAAAACUUUCUUUUUCACUUUUUUAUCAGAGGAUCAGAAAGAAACAGGCAGGUGAACCAAAGCCUCUUGUUUUCUCUACAGCUUCCAUUCCUCUUACAUUCAUUUAGUUGCUCUAGUUAGGUUCAAUGAGUAAUUUAACUUCAGCUGGUUUAAAUAUUUCAGAGAUGUUUCCAUCUCACCAAGAAGCUUUUCUGGGGGAAACACACAUUUUUUGUGCCAAACUACUGUAUUGAAUAAGAAUAAGAGUUUCUUGGAACAGGCCCCUAGUUUAUUGAAAUUAUUUUGAUUUUAUACAAAAGACUUUUCCGGUGACAUUUUAGUUUGAAAGUCAAUCACUGGUUUUUUAAGUGAUUUUUGGUUCUUUUUGCUGCUGUACAGACUUUUGUACAAUGAAGGUAUUUUUGUACCAAUUAUUUGAAAAAAACAACGAAUGCACCUUCA